AAGUUUCUGUUUUUACUAGGUUCUCAUAACUUACCAAUGUCACUCCUUUCAUUGACUGAAUGUGGUGUUCACAUGUUGAGGUUUGGAAUUGUGACCAGAAUGCUUUGUGUUUUUCAUUUCUGUUCUUUGACAUCUACAUGUUUCUCUCAGAUCCAGUGUGUGGAGGUACAUCAGAAAUAUCCCGUGCAUCAUCCCGCUCCAGCAGACCCACAUCAGACACAGGACACCCUGUUUUCUGCAGCCCGAUGAAAGAGGAGCUCCUGCAGGCCCAGGCCAGAGGUCCAGGCAGGAGCGGGUCUCUUUUCACCGCACUUGGCUGAGUGUUUUACUGCUUCCAAGUGUACAGGAAUGUCCACGGCUUGGUUUUCUGGAGGCAGCAUAUCGUUUAAUUGCCCCACGGACGCCAUUUCUGCCACUCUGAGUUUGGCAGCUGCAGCGGGGCAACAGGACUUUGCAGGGAGGAGAAAACGGAAAGGAGGAAGCAGAAGGAGCAGAAACAGACGAACAAGAACAAAGCCGGGAACUUCCCCGAAUCGUCAGAUGACCUUCCUGUGCGACGGUGGCGUCUGUGCUGAUGAUGCUCCAGAAGACGGCAGACGGAGGGAAGACAGUAUGGAGGACGAUGAAGGAGGACAGCUGGACUAUCACAGCGGCUUCGUGUUCAAAGAAAGAUAUGAGGUGGUCUCCAUUUUGGGGGAAGGAGCUUUUGGACGAGUGAUGAAGUGUCUCGACAAGCGCAAAGAUGAGUUUGUGGCCGUGAAGAUUCUGAGGAACUUUGAGAAUUCCUAUGAAACAGCCAGAUUGGAGAUUGCUGUUCUGGAAGAGAUCAACAGUCUGGAUGAUGACAACAAAUUUGCCUGUGUGCGGAUGCUGGACUGGUUCAAACACAAACGCCACGUCUGCAUCGUCUUUGAGCUGCUGGGUCUCAGCACCUUCGAGUUCCUCCGACAAAACGACUUCCUGCCGUUCAGCGUGGAGCAGAUCCGACACAUGGCCUUCCGAAUAUUCAGAGCAGUCAGCUUUCUGCAUCGAAACAAGCUGACCCACACCGACCUGAAGCCAGAGAACAUCCUGUUUGUGUCGUCUGACUUUGACCUGGAAGACGACCCGAAAACUAUGCGUGUCUGCAGAAAGCCAAGAAGUCUAGAAGUAAAGGUGGUUGACUUUGGUACCGCCACCUUUGACCACCAACAUCACCAGUCCUUGGUGUCAACACGCCACUACAGAGCGCCAGAAGUCAUACUGGAUCUGGGCUGGAACCAAUCGUGUGAUGUUUGGAGUCUGGGCUGCGUCCUCUUUGAGUUUUACUUCGGACAGACGCUCUUUCCGAGCCACGACUGUAUGGAACAUCUGGCCAUGAUGCAGGAAGUGCUGGGACCGAUUCCUCCACAUCUCCUGAAGCAAACCGGGAAGAAGCAUUUUGUUCAAGACGACCGGCUGAAGUGGGACCAGCAGAGUUCAUCUGGGGACUGCGUCAGGGAACCCUGUCGCCCCCUAAAGUCAAUUGAGGCAGAGAGUGACGAAGAACAGCAGCUGCUGGACCUGCUAAGCUGCAUGUUGGAGUACGACACCUGCAGGCGGAUCACUCUGGAAGAAGCCCUCUGGCAUCCUUUCUUUAGCCCAAUGAGGGCAAAGCAGUCACCGCAGAGCUAACACACCCACCAAAGCAGCAUCUACCUCGGGCUUUCUAUCAGCUAAGUCCUUUAUAAAGACUCUUACUUCUGGCUCGAAUCACUUUAAUCUGGCUUCAGAGUUCAUUCCUGUUUGUUAGAAAUGUUUGUGUUGAUGACGCCAGCCCUCCGGUUUCUAUCACAGCAGUUGACGUCUCACUGCCACCAUCUUUUUUUAAUCUGUUUUCAAAGCCUUCCCGGUGGUCUUUUAAUCAUGUUGAUGACAUUUUUAGCCAAAAUCUGAAAACUUUUCGAAGACAUGAUUUCUGCAGAGCGGCAGGAGUUCACUGGAAAUUCACCGGUCCCAGUUUCCCACAGUCUGACAUCUCCUUGUCCAGCGUUUGGUGUUCACAUCUGUAACUACUGAAAGGCUUUGGCGAACCUUGCAAGCUCCAGGUAUCUGGUCUGGAGCAGUGCUGUGUUUUCUGAGGGUUUUAACAGAAUCGUCUGCAUCAUGAAGUUUCACCUCAUGAGUUCUUGAAAUGUGUGUGUGAACAUUUUGAGACUUUUUACUCAAAAUCCUUUCUUCUUUGUUGGAUAAAACAGCAGUGCAUAAAUCCCAUUUCUUUUUCUUUAGUCAAACUGUGUUUGCCUGUUUGUUUCUCUGCUUUUAUUUUGAAAGGGUUUCAGGUCAGCUCCUGCGUAAACCAAGUGUGAAGGAGCUGGUCUCACAAACUUAUUUUAAAAUACAUGUAAAGAUUUUUGUCAGGAUUGCUGAUUUCUGUUUGACAUUCUGUUUACAAUUUUCCACAUUUGCUUUUAUUUAUUUUAAUAUUUGUGGAUGUGUCAUUGUUUCAUGCACCUUGUUUAAUUAUUGUUUUUAUUGUUGUAACUAUCACAACGCUUCAGGAUAUUUUAUCUAGAAUUAUUUAAGAUCUUUGUUCUCCACGUUUCCCAGUUAUAAAUCUUUCAAUUUUAAA